AUGGAAAAUGAACACGUGUCUUCGUCAAAAAUUUCAACGGACUGCUCAAACAACAACGAGAACAUCCAAAACACUGAAAAUCAGUACAAAGAACUAUUGGAUGAGGAACAUAAAAGAAGGGAUCAGCGUGACACAGAUUUAGACCUAGAUCUUCGAACUGUCCUUCCAAAUUGUGAUUCUGUUUCUGAGAACGCGGGCUCGGAAAAACUUUCGGCCGUUCUCGAACAAGCGGAAGAAUCGUCAGUGAUUUUAAAGGAUGCACAAUCAGUGGAAGAUGAUCAGGAAGAUAACGAAUUAAACUGGAUUCAUCGGGAACGUAUAGAAUCGCUCGGUGAAGUAAUGAGGAAUUUAAAAGAAGAACUGAAAAGGGAAAUAGAACUUUGGAAGAAGGAACGAGAAGAAUUUCAACUUUUACGUGAAAAAGACGACGCAUUGGCUCUGGAGGAGGCAACUGCAGCUGCACGGGCAGCUGCAGUUGCUUAUGCUGCUGAAUCGCCAUUAUCUAACAAUUUGGGAGAUCUUUUAGAUAUUACUUCAGAGGAUACGUUCAGAGAAUUAACGAUACUUGAGUAUGAAAAAAAAUUGGCCAAAUAUCAAGAUGAAUAUUCAUUUAGCCAGGCGGAGAAGCGUUAUAAUGCCCGAUGGAAAAUUGUUGCAAAUGCGUACAAGCAAAAACUAAUGGAAGUGGAACGACUUUGUAACGAGGAAUUGGAAAAAGUUCAGGAGAACGUGCAUCAUUUGCAACCACUGAAGGAAAUGGUGUCACAAUGGUAUGCAGAUGAAGAAAAUCACGGUGACUCGAUUAAAAGGACCGAUUUUGGUAGGAGUGCACAAAAACUCAACACUUUUAACGAAGAUAAUAUGCAUAAUCGUAAUAAGUUUCAAAAAAUCGACGCGGAGGUCAAUAUGGCGCCAGAAAUAUUCGUAGCCCGGUUCAAAUCUGACGAUUUAACGAAAACAGAUACAUUUUAA